AUGAAAACAACCAAGAUGAACAGCAAGGAUAUUGUCACUGCUUUGCAGGUCUUGCAGGAAAGAGUCAAUUCUCUUGAGCUGGAAGUCGCAAGGAAGGACACAGAGCUCCAUGAAAAGAACGCCGUUAUUCGAUUCCUCCGAGACGAAUGCCAAAGAUAUGCGACACAAAACACAUCAGUACUUGUAGCCGGACAUUCACAAAUCUUACCCCAUGUUCCAAUUUUUGAUGUCGAUGAGAAUGGAAAGCAGUCGAUUCAUUUCGAUUAUUGGCUCCAGAGAAUUCAAUCGAAAUUAGACAUGGAUCAUUAUUUAGGAGCUGCUCGUAUGGAGUAUGUUGUCUCUCGACUUGGUAGUGGUCCGUCAGCAUAUAUUUAUAAGAGAUAUCAAACAGCAGAACAAAUGCUUGAUGCUCUGAACAAAAUUUACGGCAAUACAGAUCGAAAAGAAGCUGCUAGGAUCGCAUAUCACCGUUUAUCUCAAGAGGAUAACGACCCAUUUCCGUUAUCCUGGAAAGAAUUUCAAAGACUAAGUGCGGUCCUCGAAAUGACUGAAACGAUGAUGGUUCAUGACUUGUACGGGAAACUCAAUUUGGGAUUGCGGAAGGCUUUGAUAAAUGACAAUCUUGAUAAUAUUGAAGAUCUAGGAAGAUUUUGCAGGAUGGAAGAUAGAAAAUUGCGAGCAAUACAGGCUUUGAAGGAUUCCGACGAACAAUAA